AUCUGUCAUUGUCACAUUAAUUUCAAAAAUGUGUUUUGGUUACUUCAGAAAUCAGAAUAGGUUAGGAUAGAGUUAGACGGUAAAACAUUCUAUUGUUAACUAAGUAACCUUUGACUGUGAUAUUAGUGAAACAGAUAUAAUGGCUGCAGCAUACGGAAUACACUUAGGUAACAGCUCAGCGUCACUCGCUUCAUACUCCAACGGUGCGCCAUUAAUUAUCGCCAAUGAUUCUGGUGAUCGCGUGACGCCGGCUAUUGUUGCCCUAAACGGCACGGAAUGGGAAAUUGGACUGCCUGCAAAGUCUGGACAGCCUGCUUCUAAAUCAAUCAUCAAACACAACAAACGUCUGAUGAACUCUGAUUUUAAUGCAGAAGACCUGACAUAUGUGGAAACAUCAUCCUCUUGUCGCAUUCAGAACGAAGAAAAAGUUGUAUAUGAGUUCGAAACUAGUGAAACCACUUUAUAUUCUAACCCUGAUAACAUUGCCACUAAAAUCUAUGCAAAAUUAUUUACCAUAGCAAGUCAUGCUAUGAGCAAUGAAGGAGAUCUAAAACUGGUACUUGCUGCACCUUUACAUUGGUCCACUGCAAGUACAGAAAGACUUAUUAAAUGUGCGGAACUUGCUGGGUUUGAUGUCUUACAAGUAAUCAGUGAGCCAGCAGCAGCUCUCCUUGCAUACAACAUUGAGGAAUCAGCGGAAGAUGUCAAUGUCCUAGUUUACAGGCUCGGAGGAACAUCAUGUGAUGUCUCAGUGGUUAAAGUGUCUGGUGGCUUCAUGACCGUUGAGAAGAACAUCUACAGAUCAGAUUUAGGUGGUCAGUGCCUCACUAAAGACUUAGCUGACUACAUUGCUGCAGAGUUCAAACAAAAAUGGAAACUUGACCCUCAGGAAAGUCGGAGAGCCAUGGGGAAACUUCUACUGCAUGCUGAUAAUUGCAAACAUGUAUUAUCAACAUUGAACUCAGCUCAUGUGUUUAUUGAGUCCUUACUUGACGGUGUUGAUUGGAGUCAGAAUGUAUCUCGUGCAAGAUUUGAGAACAUUAUUUCCUCUAAGAUCAGUGCUUACAUGGAGCCAGCUCAAAAAGUAAUUGAGAGUUUUGGGGGUCAAAUACACAAGAUUGUUAUCUGCGGUGGGAGUAUGAAGAUACCAAAACUGCAGUCUGCAAUAGCCAACCUGGUCCCAGAAGCUGAAGUACUUUCAGGCAUCAGCCCUGAUGAAGUUAUUGCUGUUGGCUGUGCUCGCGAGGCUGGCUUAUUACAGGACAUCCCUGAAUUCUCUCUCAGGGAUUUAAAUACAGAAGUUGAAUUUUUAGGCAAGGACAUUUACGUGAAGUACUUAGACCAGACAGUCCAACUUUUUAAGGAAGGAACUCCACCUUAUGCUCAAAAUACACAAAGUAUUGAUGCAGGAGAUGCUAAAAGCUUAAAUAUCACCUUACAUGAAGAUCCAGAGAGUGAACAGUUUGCCACUGAAUCUUUCAAUGUAGAAAGUUUGAAGAAACCUUUAACUUUAAAAGCCACCUUACAGCAAUCAAAUGUUUUAUUGCAAUUAGAAUAAGACCCAUUAUAACUCAAGUAUAAAUAAUUGUAACAAUAA